AACAUAAUGACAUAAUCAUAUGAUCAAUUUUAUAGAGUUAAAACAGCUGAACAAACAUUAUUCCUUCUUUCACUAACCCUUUCUUAUUGAAUAAUGUAUGUAAAAUGUGUUUAUUAGCCUAGGGUUGAGUAAGAAACAUAAACAAAAUGGCAAGAAAAUCACCGGACCCUUCAUCUUUUUCAACCACAACCGUGAAACCUUCAUUUUUUGGCAAUAGCUUGGACGCCUUCUCAAAGUACAGUGUUGUGAAACAGAUUGGGAAUGAAGCUAGGUUAACGCGUGUAAGAGAAAUUGACAAUUUGUCCAGACUUUCAGAGGACAACGCAGAACCAGAACCGAAUCUCCAGAACUGGGAGAGAUGGUUAAACAUCCAUAAACAACAGCAAGAACAGCUGAGUGCCAAGUUGAAUAGACCUCCACAAUGCAUGGUGAUGAACUCAAAUCUGUGUGGUAGCCUUUACGUAAAUCAAGAGAAACGUCUCUUAACGGAAGCUUCAAACGUUACCAUUUGUGAUAGAUACAGAGGACAUCCAAAUUUUUGGAUGACUGAUGAUAAUACAAGAAAUAAUGGAAAGUCAUUGGGGAUCUACCAAACUAUACAGACAAAGUACGAUAGAUCUCGCCUGAACCCUGAUUCUGACAUAUGUUCCCGACCCACACAAGUGGAAUAUGUUGGUAUUCCUGAUGCCAUUUACCGCGAAAAGGGACUUACUGGCAAAUCGUGCUUGCCAACAUCAAAAGAUAAAUGGGAAAAGUUAUCAUAUGUUGCCAAUAAAAAAGAGUGUUUGAGGGAAAAUCUUGAUAUAGUUCAAACGCAUAAACCUGAAAUUUCGGAUGUGGCAAUUGUAGGUACAAGUUUGUCAAAUUUUGCACCACAUUUAUCAGAACCACUAGUUGAAAAUGAAAUCACAGAAUCAGUGGAUCCAAAAACUUCUAUUCCUUUUGAAUGUGAGUUCAUACAGUUUGAAAAUAAAAUACCGAUUCUAGUGGUUAUAGACAAUGAGAAAUGUGAAGGCAAUUCAAAACACUGGAUAGUUCAAUUUGAUGACUGUCAUAUGAAUGAAAACUAUGAAAAAAGUGUUAUUUUCCAAAACACUGGACAAUCAUCCCUUAGGUACUGUUGGGAAAUAGUAUUCCCAAAAUGGACUAGUAAUGAUAAUAUACCUGUAAGGCAUUGGAAAAGAAAGAGUAAAUGUUUUUAUUUUAACAAAAACGAUGGUGCAAUUAUGCCAGGAAGUGAAAUGGAGCUGGUGUUCAACUGCAAGCCCCAAGCUGUUGGGAUUUUUAUUGAAACAUGGGAGAUAUUAUUUAGUCAUGAGUCAGAUGAGUGGCAAUCAUCAACUUUAGAACUUCGUGCCAUAACCACAGAGAGGCUUGACAGUAUGGACACAAUGAAUGUUGUAGAUACAUACCUUGAGUCCUGUACUAGUUUGACAGUUGCAAGGAAGACUGUUGAAGAGAUUCUGGCCAGAAAUAGACUACUGAAGCAACAAGACAUUCCUUACAGCUGGAACUUCUUUGAGGAACAGAUAUUUGUACAUAACAACCCAGAAUUGUUCUAUGAUAGCAAAAGUGUUCUUGUGUUAAAACAUCUAUAUGAAGCGCUAAAUGAGGGUCCCUGGGAUUAUUCUGUGGGGAACUUGAGAAGAAAACUUCUGCGAAAGACGUCAAACAAGAAUUUGACAGAAGAGAUAGACGUCUACACUGCCACCGUGUACCAACUGAUGAAACCAAACAUACCCUACUCUGUAUUGAAUGAAAAACACAAAAGUGUAUAUGAACUGCUGUGCUGCUUCGUGAAUCAAAUGGAAUCCGAAGGUACAGCUCUGAAAUUUAUUUACACGAUUCCAACUAGAUUGAAACUUAUACAAGAGGUCAGUGUAGAUUAUAGCCUUAGCAAUCUGUCCACAUUGUCAGCGAAACCUAGCCCAAAACCAAGCAUGUCAAGCAGAAAAAUAACAAGAAAAAGUUCUCUAUUGAAAAACAAGUUUUCAGUUGAGAGAGACUCAGUUGACACGCAUUCCGUUGGAACUGACUUGGAUUCAAAAAUCAGUGAAUGCGAAGGCGUGGAGAAGAAACAGGAAUUUUUGGAGGCUUUAUUCAUUAAAACGUAUAUUCAUUUGGGCCGAACAAUUGAUAACAUUUCAGCAAUUAUUGAUUCAUUUGAUUCUCAAAAGAAGAAAACAGCCUUAAUAGCUCUUAAAAAACGUAAUCUUUGAGAUACCAACUUUAAUGUUUUAACAUAUCUAUUGUUAAUUUUAUGUUAUAUUGUAACUUUUUGUAGGUUCCUAAACACUAUUUUCAUGUAUUUGAAUUAUGACUUAUUUUACAUUUUAAUCCCUCCUACCUAAAAAGUUUGUCAUGUAUAUAUGAAAUAUAACAUCACAAAAUAUAAAA